UGGUGAGCGGAUAAACAUUAUUAGAGGUUAUGUUAGUGCAAUUCCUAGACAAUAUUGGAAUAUAAUAUAUUCAUAAUUUUAAUUUAGUGUAAUUUUAAGCGUGUUAUUGAACUUCGAUUCGUAAAAAAUAAAUGGUGUGAAAAAAAAAAAUAAACAAAUUUGCUGAACGAGUGAUGGACCGGCUCCGGCCAAAAUACUGGAAAUGGAAGCUGGUUGGAGACAAGAUGAGGACCUGCGCUCUGAUUACCCUGCUACUGUGGUGCUAUUUAGCAAAAGCAAAUGAAACACAUACAACAAAAACUUCCAAUUUGACCAAAAAGUUGCCAACGCCGACAAAAGAAACGUUUAGUACAAAACCAAGUGUAUUUGUAAGUAAACCAAGUGAAAUUUUAACACCGAGCCCAAACUCAAGUGCGACCAUCGAUAGAACCAAAUUAUACGAUUCAUUAAUUUCACAGAAAAGUUUAACUAAACCAUUUGAUGCAUAUAAAACGGAUUCACCAGAAGUGAAAACCGUAUUACCUACCAAAACUUUACACACAAUAAGUGAAAAUGAACAAUUUAACAAAACCGUCCAAAAACCAUACAAUACAGGUAAUACACAGACUGUGUUAGAAUCGCAAAAUACAUCAUUGAAAUCAACUACAUCUGCUUCACUUACUCCGGAUAAAAUCAUAUUACACAAAACAACGUUAUCACAAAAAACUGUAACAGUUGUACCUGACACUGUAAAAAUGAGUUUAAGCGAAAAACAAGAAGCGAGUGUCGGAGAUAUAUUGAAUAAGUCGAAAACUGAUACCGUGCCUGUAAUAUCAAGUAAAGAGGUGGAAAAUAACACACAAAAACCGCAGCCGAUUAAAGUUGGUGAAAAAUUGGCACAGAUAAAAAUUAAAGUUCCAGCAAAACUUAAAUCGACUGAUGUCACUACCGCUUCGGCGAUAGUAAAAAGUUUGGAUAGAACGCCGAACAAAACUUUAUCCAUAACAAAGAAACCCAUCAAUCCUAACAAAUCUUCUUAUAUCCCGAGACCGAAUAAUAAAUCACAUAUUUCUACUGCAAUACCACCUAAGACGGCUAAUUCAACUAAAGACGUCGCCGUGGAUUCGACGGGCCCGAACGUCCCGAAAAAAGCAUCGUCCUCGAACAAUAGAUCCGUUACAAGUGGCAACAAAUCAAUAUCGCAGCACUCGGCAAGUGAAAUCGCUCGAUUUCCCGCGCUCAUCAUUAACUCGUUACAAGAACGAGCCGAUGCCCUGGGAUGCGACUUGUCGCUCCCGUCGAACGACUUGAAGAUCUGGCGAGGGAAUCAAACCCAAGAGCUCAUGCUGCCGAUGACGACACCUGAGAAUUGCCCUCAGGAUGCAGAUUGCUUGCCGAUGAUUUUCAGCUGGGAAGGAUAUGCGGAAAUUCAAAGCGGAGAUGUUCUCCUUGUCAGGAUCGAUGAUAAGCAAUUGAUGGCGACAGAAUCCGUUCAAAAUAUUACUGCAGUGAGCAAAAGCAACGACCGAGAUGAAAAACCGCACCACAGUGCUUCUCAAACUGCCGUAUACCAAGUGACAAGGCCAGGCCACGCAAACUGCGACGUUACCGAAGGUAUUCUCCUCGAUAUAACACCCUUGUUAGUGGAUGGCAAGAAAUUGGUAACCUUAUACGAUAAAGAUUUAACAGAAGGCGUCAAUCUUUUAAUCGUUGUAUCUGAAUUGUGGGGAAAUCAAUGUAUCCGAUUGAAUGUCACAGUAAAAUCUGACAAUUGCGGUGAAAAUCAAGAUUGCUCACUUAAAGGAUUGUGCUUUUCAAAUACUUCCAUGGAAAGCUACGAGUGUCAAUGUUGUGCAGGAUUCAUAGGACCUCAUUGCGAAGAACGGGAUGCUUGCCAUCUGUCGCCUUGCACGAAUAAUGGUAUCUGCGUUGAUGUUUCGCAAGGACCCGAGGGCAGCACUUACCAGUGUUUGUGCCCUUACGGGUUUUCCGGUCUCAAUUGCGAAUAUGAAUAUAAUGAAUGUGAUUCUUCGCCGUGUAUGAAUGAAGCAAUUUGCUCCGAUUUGAUAAAUGGUUUUAGCUGUCUUUGCAAACAAGGUUACAUGGGGCAAAGGUGUGAGAUAAAGGUGGAUCUUUGCAAUCCAGAUCCCUGUCCAAAAAACAGAUUAUGUAUCGAUCAUGGAAACAACUUUUCCUGUGAAUGCCCUAAAGGACUAUACGGUAUCGAAUGCUUGCAACCCACCAGAGCUGCGUGCAAUGACAAUAUAUGCGCAAAUGGAGGAACUUGCUGGAGCAGUAUUGACUCAUUUUACUGCGCCUGCAGACCAGGAUAUACGGGCAAAGUUUGUGAAGAUGAGUUCAUAGUCGAGGCAGUUGCUGGUCAGGAUGUUGUACUAGGACCACAUCAGAAUCAUUUCCACAAUAAUAUAUAUGUGGCUGCAGGAACGCUUUGUUUAGCCAUCACGAUUGUUGCAUUGGUGGUCGCAGCUUGUCAUUGUCGAGUCAAUAAGACUUACAGGAAGCUUUUACAAAAAGCUCAUCCGUUACUUCGACAACGUAGUAGUGAUUCAGAAAUGCAAAACGAUAGUGAAAGUCAUAGUCAUCAACACUGGUUGACUGAGAAGCCCAUGAGUACAUCUCGUCCUUUGGAUUACGACAUGUUUUAUGCUCUGGACUUCGGCGAAAGCCAAAGUUCCCCUCUGAUCCAGUAAAUUUAUAAUUUGUUAUUAGUUGCUGAGAUUUACUAUUAUUUUGAUUAGCAGAGUGGUGCCGUAUUAAAGGGUCUCAAAUUAUACAAUCAGGAAUAGGAUCUUCAUUGAGAGAGUUUACAAAGGCCCUUGGUGGUGUAUGGCACUAGUGUGUGAGUUGAAUUUAAUACAUGGUAAGAUAUACGCUUAACCCUCCGAAAAAAGGGUUUUAGUUGUGUGCCAAAAUGCUUUUAAAAACGAUUGAGUUUUAUAAUUAACAAGAUCUUUUGUAAAUAUUUUGAGAGCAGCGAAUGUUGAUGUAUUCAAACAGUAAAAAAAAGUAAUUUGUUUCGUGUUUUGGUUUUCUUUGUGUUACCUUUUUAUGAAUAUUAGUAUUUUGACUGUUUCUUCCAAGUAUAUUAUA